AUGGUUAAGAGGAAGAUUGAAGAUGAGAAGCUAUAUAAUGAAGGAAAUCAUAAUAUUUUUUUGAAUGAAAAAAAAUAUAAAUCAAAUGAGCAUCUUUUAAAUCAAAAUGUCUUAAAUGAGGAUGAAAUAUAUGAAAAUGAGUCAUAUAAUGAAGAUGAAUUUUCUGAAGGAGAGUCAGAGAGUCAGCAGACUAAGUUAGAUCUACAAAAUAGAAGAUUAUUACCAUGCGCUGAAGCAGGGAUUAUAAAAUCAGUUGAACUUGUUAAUUUUAUGUGUCACAAAUAUUUAAAAGUUGAUUUAUGUUCGAAUAUAAAUUUCCUUAUAGGCCAUAAUGGGAGUGGAAAAAGUGCUAUACUUACAGCAAUUACUGUUUGUUUGGGAGGAAAGGCAUCAAUUACUAAUCGGGGCUCUAAUAUUAAGGAUUUGAUUCGAGAAGGAGCAAAUUCAUCUUCUGUAACAAUUAUGCUUAAAAAUACAGGGGAUGAUGCGUACAUGCAUGAUGUUUAUGGUAAUACUAUUAUUAUAGAGAGAAGGUUUACUAGGGAAUCAUGUGGUGGAUAUAAAAUUAGAUCUGCUGACAAUCGUCUGAUAUCUACGAAAAGAGAUGAAUUAAAUGCGAUUAAUGAUCAUAUGGGUUUGCAAGUUGAUAAUCCUAUGACUGUUCUUACUCAAGAUACUGCACGUCAAUUUCUUGGAAGUUCUAGUGCAGAGGAUAAAUAUAAAUUUUUUAUGAAAGGCAUUCAGUUGACUCAAUUAAAUAAUGAUUAUAAUUUGAUUAAUGAAAGUAUUGAAAUUGCAGCUGACGUCAUUAAAACAAAAAAAGAAGGUUUAUCAUCUUUAAAGCAAACUGUAGAUGAUGCUUCUACUCGUUUUCAAGAGACUUUUAAAAUUCGUGAAAUGUAUGAAAAAUUGGAUAAUCUUAAAGAUGAAAUGGCAUGGGCUCAGGUUGAAGAGCAAGAAAAGAGGCUUGAUGAUAUUACUAAUCUUUUGGAAAAUCAGAGGAAAAAGAUGUCUCGUGCACAGGAAGAAUAUUUUAAAUCAGAAUCCGAUCUUUCUGAUUUAUCUGUCAAGAUUACGGCUACUCAAAGAAAUUUCGAUUCUAUAAAAGAAGAUAAACUUCCAUUUUCUAAUAAACAAUAUUCUGAGAUCAAGCGUAGAUUGGAUUUAAAUAAUGAAGAAAUUAAAGAAUUGAUGAUACAGCAGAAUGAAGUUCAGGAUCAAAUAAAAAUGGCUAAUGAUGAAAUUACAAGAUGUUUGAAAAAGAUUUCUGAUGAAAAAGAAAGGCUCCUUGAACUUGAUGGUGGCUAUCAAGAGAAACUUAGGAAGAAAAAGGAAGAAUUGGAUUUGCAAAUUUCGAUAUUGAGAUCAAAUAAUUUCAAAAUAGAUGCUUUAAUAGAAGAAGUUGAAGAAAAUAUUAGAAUAGAAGACAAUAAAGCAUCAAAAAUUAAAGAUACUGUUUUAGAAUAUGAUAGAUCUCUUAAAGCUUUACGUGGUCAAUUGAUAUCUUUUGAACAUGCAAAAAAAGAUCGAUUAACAGCAUUUCAUCCACGAAUGCCAAUAUUGAUACAAGCAAUUGAGCAAGAGAAUAGAUUUACUUCAAUUCCUAUUGGUCCUUUUGGAAAAUUUGUUCAAGUGUUGAAACCAGAAUGGUUGUUUAUUCUUGAAACAUUUUUUGGGACAACACUUAAUGCUUUUUUGGUUAAAAAUACUGAAGAUGAAAAAAUAUUGAAAAAUCUUAUGCAAAAAUGCAAUUGUUUUGUAAACAUUAUUAUAGGAACUGAUGAUAUGUUUGAUUAUUCCAAAGGAGAACCUGACUGUGAAUUUGAUACAAUACUUAAAAUUUUAAACAUUAAAGAUGAGCUCAUUAAACGUCAACUUAUAAUUCAUCAUCAAAUAGAGUCAACAAUUUUGAUUAAAGAUAGGUUUACAGCUGAUAAAAUUAUGUAUAAUAAACCAGCUAAUGUCACUGCAUGUUACGCCUUGCAUAAAAAUGGAUGCGAUGGUUUUAAAAUUGGGGGUAAACAGGGCUCUAGUAGUAGUAUACCUGUAGAUGGUUGGAAAAAGGCACUUCGUCUUUCAGAAAAUACGGAUAAAGAAAUGUUGUUGAUACAAAAAUCGAUAGAAAAUGCUGAAUUGGAGUAUAAUCGUUCUUUACAGUCCCAAAAACUCCAUAUGACUUCUUUAAAAGAGAUGAUAUCUAAGAAAAAAGACCUAGAAAAUCAAAAAAAGUCUAUAAAGCAUCAAAUAAAUGAAAAACAAAAUGAAUUGGAUGAUAUAAAUGAAAGAUUUAAUGAAAAAGAAAAUACAGGGAAAAUUGAGGCUCUUGAAGAAAAUAUUAAAGAGGCACAAGAAAUAGUAGAAAAUUACCAAGGACAGUAUGGAGACAUUCUGAAAGCUACGAAUAAAUUAAAUGAAGUGAAUGUUUUGAUUAAAGAGGAAUUAGCUUCUAAAAAAAAACAAAUAUCAGAACUGGAAAUGUCAAUUGAACAGUUAAAAAAAGUAUUGGAGGAUUAUGUAGGUCAACGAAUUCAAAAAAAAGUUGAUUCUGAGCAUUAUAAAAAAAAAGUUGAUGAAUAUUUGAUAAAAAUUAAUGAAAUUACUGAAAAUAAAGUUGAACAGGAAAAACUUGUAGAUGAUUUUAUUAAGAAAGCAUCUCAAAUUAGUAAGAGAGUUAAGGUUAAUCAUGAUGCGCAUUAUUUAGAUGCUCUCAUUAAACAAAUGACUAAAAGACUCAGCGAAGUUCAGCAAUGCUUAGGUGCUACUAUAGAAGAUAUUGCUCAAGAAUUUGAAAAGGCACAAAAUGAUUUUCAUAUGGCUUCUCUAGAAAUUAAGGAGCUUGAAGUUCUUUAUGAUAUUCUACGAAAUACUUUAAAAGAGAGGCGUCAAAGAUGGAAAUAUUAUAGAAGUAUGCUUUCAUUGCGCACAAAAAUGUUGUUCCACCAUUUUUUAUCUAUGAGAGCGUUUAAUGGAAAGUUAAAAAUAGAUCAUAAAGCAAGAACACUUGAACCAAAAAUAUAUGUUGAUACUUUUUCAAACGAAAAAGAUUUACUUAAAAAUAAUACUUUUAAAAGUUUAUCUGGAGGAGAAAAAUCUUUUUCAACGGUCUGUUUACUUUUAUCAAUAUGGGAAGCAAUGGGUAGUCCCAUUCGUUGUUUAGAUGAAUUCGAUGUAUUUAUGGAUGCUGUUAAUCGUAAAAUAAGUAUAAGCAUGAUGAUAAAUGCUGCACGUGAUGCUAGUAUGACACAGUUCAUUUUAAUUACUCCUCAGGAUAUGAGUAAUAUAGCAAUUGGGCCUGAUAUAAAAAUAAUAAAAAUGAAAGAUCCUGAAAGAAGUCAGACUAUAUUGGAUUUUCGAUAA